UAUUUCAAUGAUGACGACAACACCGACGACUUCCUGUCCACCGAAUUCAGUGACGAAAAGUUUGCGAAACACUUGAAAGGAACCGGUGUUCACGACUUGGAGGACGCGCGCCGUAACGUCAGGGAUCUGCUGUCCAUUCACGGGCCGCAGACACUGACCUCCGCGCGAGUGAUCGCCAGAAUACUUCAGGGAAUUCCGAGUCCGCGCUUCCCGGCCGACGUGUGGGGCAAAUGCCGGCGCUUCUGGAGGGCCGACAUCACCGUUAACUUCAACGAUCUGUUGAAGAUUGCCAACGAAGAGCUCAUUCACGGCGUAGACUUCGGACAAAUAGAUCUGACGAGAGGCGAGACACCGGCGGAUAUUAAAGACAAAUGUCUGCAGUUGUGUUCAGACUAUUUGUCCGGUAAUUGGAAACAACAAACUGUGGACACCAUAGAAGUGAGGAGAAUAUCCGGAGGUCUGACUAAUCAGAUAUAUUACUGCGGGAUCACUAGUCCGUCAAAGGAGUCGGUAGGUGUGCCUCAAGAAGUGGCUGUAAGACUGUAUGAAAGCCAUCAUUUUGAUAAAGACAACAGUAGACUGUCUGAUGUAGUCGUCGGACAAUUGGUAUCCGACAACAAAUUGGGACCAAAAGUGUAUGGAUUUUUCGAAGGCGGACAGAUUCAGGCCUAUUAUAAGCACAGAAUAUUCAGUGUCGAGGAGCAAAAGAAUCCAAAACUGGUGACAGAGUUGUUCAAGAAAUUGGCACAAAUACACGCCAUGGAUGUACCACUUGAGAGGACUAUUCAUACCAGAGAUCUAGACGUGUGGUAUGAAUCGGUACAAAGAAAUUUCGAAAAGAAUGACUAUUUUAAUGAUUUAAAUUUGGAGACAUUGAAGAAAUACGAUAUUAAAGUGGAAAAAGAUUUUAUUAAAGACUUAAUCCAGAGAUCCAAGAGUCCAAUGGUUUUCAUUCACCACGACUUCAGAAGCGCUAAUAUUAUGGUAUUGGAGGACAACAGCAAAAGUAGUAAUUUAUCGGAUGGACAGAUAGUAUUGUGUGAUUUCGAUGAAUCUAAUUAUGGAUAUCGGGGUCAAGAUUUCGGAUCACUUAUCGUUGAGUGGAACAGAACUUUGAGUGACUUUCAGAAGUUACCAGUUUUUCCCGACGACUCGACACUAUUACCACUCAUUGAUAUUUACAUCACAGAAUCGGAACGAAUAUUUGGUGCACAAUAUUCUGACGAUAAAAUCAAUUCAAGGGAACAGAUCUUAAAAGAGGUCAAAAUAUUCACACUUUUGACGGCUUUGUUGAUGACUCUGUUCUGUCUUAAGGAUGAAAAGACGGGAACUUUCCUAUCUAUGGAUAGAAAUGUUAUAGCGGUUAGUCAUCUCAUGUUUAUAAUUCAGGCAAUCAGACAGUCAGCCAAACAUUUGUUGCAACAGAUAUCAGAAGAUAUGUUUGACAUCAAUAUGAAUGAGUUGUUGGAAAAGUUGAGAUAUUUCUCACGACUCACGACAAGGUAUCUGCAAAAACAAGAGGAGUCACAAGAAGGAGAGACAUCACCAGAACCAGAAGUACUGCAUCAGCGCCUGGAUAUCGUAUCAGUGGACCAGAACCAGGACAUCGCACCAGGAGACCAGCGCCAGGAUAUUGCACUGGAAGACAAGAAACCGGUCGAAGUUCUUACAGAAAGCGCAACAAACGGCUCACCGGCGCCGGCAUUGACUGAAGAGGAUGUCAAACGACUCAAAAAGAAGAAACAAAGGGAAGAUUGGAGGAGAAGGAGUCGUGAGUAUCGCAAGAGACAGAAACUGCAAGAAAUGCAAGACUUCCGGAGAUAUCAAAGACUCCUAAAGGGAGGAAAGAGUCGCCAAUCAAAGGGCAGUCCAAAAAAGAAAGACCGCCGAAGUCGUAGUCGGAGUCCACGAUAG